AUGGCUCAAUUAGGUAAAUUAGGUAAAUUGCCUCGUCAAAUCCUUCCGACAGGAAGAACUCUUCCAUCAGACAGAAAAAGUUUUUCCCGACAACUGGAAGAACUCUUCCAUCAGACAGGAAGAACUCUUCCAUCAGACAGGAAGAACUCUUCCAUCAGACAGGAAAAAUUUUUCUUGUUGUUCGUCCGUAAACCAUUCAAAUUUUCGAAAAUUGAGAACUUUUUGGUCGAACUUCAGAAAAAGUUUUUCCUUCCAACAGAAAAAUAUUUUCCUUCCAACAGGAAGAACUCUUCCAUCAGACAGGAAAAGUUCUUCCUUCCGACAGGACACAAACAGAUGACUGACAGGAAGAGUUCUUCCUGA